AUGAAGAUCCAUAAGAUGAUUCCCAGCCUAUGUACAUGGCAGAUCUCCAUGCUCACUCUUAUCACCAAUAUCCUCUUUGUUAUAUCCACCUCUCCAUCUCCUAACCCUAGCCACCAUGAUCUCUUGGCGCUCUUAUCCCUCAAAUCCCACAUAACAAGUGAUGCACUGUCGUCAUGGGAUGCAGCAAGCAACGACACCAGCAAACCAGUUCCUAAUUUCUGCAAAUGGACUGGCGUGACCUGCGGCGACCGUCGCCACCCUGGCCAUGUCACUGCCAUAGAUCUGCAUGGCUAUGGCCUUGGAGGCACCAUCUCUCAAGACAUCGGCAACCUCACAUACCUCCACUUCAUUGAUCUAUCGUCCAAUAACCUGGUAGGUGAUAUUCCCUCCAGCCUUGGCAAUUGCAGAAGACUUCGUACUAUGAAUUUGAGCAGUAACCACUUGUCUGGUUCUGUCCCUACUCCUCUGGGUCACCUAUCAAAGCUCAAAAUUUUCAAUGUCAACAACAACAAUCUGACUGGUGAAAUUCCCACGACACUAUUUAAUGUCACAACGCUAAUGAUCCUUAGAAUUGGGGGAAACUCCUUUCAGGGCCAAAUCCCCAGCUGGUUGAGCAACCUAACAUCAUUGACUGAUUUGUAUCUUGUGAAUAACAACUUCAGUGGCAACAUCCCUGCAGAUUUAUGUAAGUUAAGUAACCUCACAACGUUUGAUGUAAUGAAUAACAAGCUUGACGGCCCUGUUCCUCCAUCACUCUUCAAUAUUUCGUCCAUCACUACCUUAGGUCUUGACAUGAACCAGCUUACAGGAUCACUGCCACUUGAUAUUGGCUUUAAGCUUCCCAAGCUAUAUGCUUUGGCCACAUAUUACAAUUACUUUGAGGGUCCAAUACCAGCCUCCUUAUCAAAUGCAUCUGAACUCCAAUAUCUGAUUCUUCGUGGAAACCGAUAUCAUGGUUUGAUCCCACGGGACAUUGGUAUUCACGGUAAAUUGAAGUUUUUUUCGGUAGGCUGCAAUGAACUACAAACCACAAAGCCUACGGAUUGGGAGUUUAUCACAUCCUUAACCAACUGUAGCAACUUGAAAAGAAUAGACCUCGAAGAAAACAACUUUUCAGGUGUUAUGCCGGUUAGUAUCGCCAACCUAUCUCGAAAACUCGAGUGGCUUACAAUUGGCACAAAUCACAUAGCCGGGACCAUAUCUUGGGUAGGGAUGUUCCAAAACCUUACAAAGCUUACCCUUGAGGAUAACCUAUUUACAGGCACCUUACCUAUAGAUAUUGGCAAGCUUUCUAGUCUCGAUAUUCUUGAUCUGAGUCAUAAUGGAUUUGAAGGGCAGAUUCCACAAUCAAUAGGCAAUGUCACAGUACUGGAUAAUCUUUCUCUAUCUAAUAACUUUCUGAACAACAGCAUUCCGCCAAGCCUUGGAAAAUUAUCGAAUAUUGUAUCCAUGGAUCUUUCUUGUAACCUGUUGACGGGCCAAAUCCCACUGGAGAUAUUUAGUAUUCCUUCCCUGACCAUACUUCUUAACCUUUCCAGAAAUGCUCUAAGUGGGGCAAUCCCAACACAGAUUGGGCACUUGAAGAGCCUCGGCACAAUGGACCUCUCAAUGAAUAAGCUAGAUGGUAACACCAUGCUAUGUGGUGGUCCUCCAUUCUUGCAACUCCAUUCAUGCCCAUCUAUACCUUCUCACAAGGCUUCACCGCAUCGAUUGCACAUAUUUAUCUUUGGAGCUAUUGGAUUAUUCAUCUUUUGUGUAUGCUCCGUAACUGCUUAUUGCUUUAUUAAGAGAAGGACCACAUCAACUUUUGUUCAUCAUGAGCACCUAUUCUUUAAUGAGGAGCAUGAGAGAAUAUCCUAUGCCGAGCUACAUAAAGCAACAGGAUCAUUCUCUCCAGCAAAUUUGAUUGGUUCUGGAAGCUCUGGCAAAGUGUACUUUGGAAAUUUAACUUUUGGUGAGAAUUUAGCUACCGUAGCAAUCAAGGUUCUUGAUCUUGGACAACAAAGAGCCAGUAGAAGCUUUUUAGCUGAGUGUAAUGCUCUAAAGAGGAUCCACCACCGGAAAUUGGUGAAGGUGAUCACCGUGUGCAGUGGCUUCGACCAUAAUGGUAAUGAAUUCAAGGCACUUGUCCUAGAAUAUAUUUGCAAUGGGAGUUUAGAUGACUGGCUGCAUCCAGACAAAAUGACAAAUAGCAAGAUCAGAAGAAAUCUAAGUUUGAUGAAAAGACUCAACAUUGCUCUUGACGUUGCAGAGGCAUUGGAAUAUCUUCACGAUCAUAUUGAUCCACGGAUAGUUCAUUGUGACAUUAAACCAAGCAACAUACUUCUAGAUGAUGAUUUGGUUGGACAUGUUACAGACUUCGGUUUAGCAAAGAUAAUGUCGUCUGAAGCAGGCAGGAAAAACCAUCAUGAAACUGAAGGCAGCUCAUUUGCAGUUAAAGGCACAAUUGGAUAUAUCCCCCCAGAGUAUGGAUCAGGAUGUGAUGUCUCCACGGAUGGUGAUACAUAUAGCUACGGGGUACUCCUGUUAGAAAUGUUUACUGGAAGAAGGCCAACUGACAGUUUCAACGAUGGCGUGCCAAAUCUUGUCAGCUUUGUUAAGAUGGCUUAUCCUAUUAAUCUACUAGAGAUACUUGAUGUUACUGCAUCAUACAGUAGAAACACAGACACCCAAGCUAUCCUAGAUAUUCUCGUUUAUCCAAUAUUUAGAGUUGCUUUAGCAUGUUGCAAUGACUCACCAAGACAAAGAAUGAAGAUGCACGACAUAGUGGAGGAGUUGAAUGCUAUAAAAUGGCAUGCGCUGUUCAGAUGCCGUACUCAUAAAUUACGGGCUGACACAUGA